AUGCUGUUACCACUGCUGGGCCUUCUAUUGCUGCUGCUGCUGCCCUUGGUCGUGUUCAGGCAGUCACUGUCGCAAGAUGCCAGGCUGUCCUGGCUUGCUAGUCUCCAGCACCGUGUGGCAUGGUGGGCUCUGGGCUGGGCAGCUGCUUGGCAACAGUGGAAACUGGAGCAGAGCACUCGACAUGUGAGCCAGAGCCAGCAGCAGGCCCUGAGGGGAUGUCUGCGAGGACCCCAGCUUCCCCGCUGCCCACUCAGAGGAGACAUAGAUAUAAGCACCUUUCGGAAUGCUCUCCCUCUGACCAAGGCCAGCCUGAUCCAGGAGAAAGAGAGCAGAGGUCAGCCUCCUACCUCUAUCUACCACGGGGAGACUUCUCUGCAGGCCACCUUGCUGGGUCUGGCAGCCCUCAAAAAGGCCCACCCAGAAGUGCUGGCUCCAGGAAACACUGCCCGUGUGACCCCUACAUCCCCCUGGUCCAGCCCCCUCCCCUGGCCUGGGCAUGCCCUGGACCAGGCAGGUCCCCCUGGAGCCAGGGAAUCUAGUGCCCUGUUGCUGCAGGCACUGAGAUACCCUGGGUUAAGGGCACUGGAGGCUGGGACAGCAGCAGAGCUGCUGGACAUCUUCUUGGGCCUGGAAACUGAUGGCAGAGAGUUGGCUGAGGCAGUGGCUACAGGGAACCCAGGAGAGCCUCUCCCCAGACGAGCAGCUGAGCUGCGGCAAGCCCUGGAGCAGGGACCCCGAGGACUGGCCCUUCGACUCUGGCCAAAGCUGCAGGUGGUGGUGACCCUGGACUCAGGAGGCCAGACGGAAGCAGUGGCUGCUCUGGCAGCAUUGUGGUGCCAAGGGCUAGCCUUCUUCUCCCCUGCUUAUGUUGCUUCUGGAGGGGUAGUGGGCCUGAACCUGUGGCCAGAGCAGCCUCGUGGGCUCUACCUUCUCCCCCCCGGGACUCCCUUCAUUGAGCUACUCCCCGUCACAGAGGGGGCCCAGGAGGGGGCUGCUUCUACCCUCCUGCUGGCUGAAGCCCAGAAGGGCACUGAGUAUGAAUUGGUGCUGACUGACCACACAAGCCUUACCAGGUGCCGCCUGGGCGAUGUGAUCCAGGUGGUUGGUGCCUACAACCAGUGUCCAGUUGUCAGGUUUAUCUAUAGGCUGAGCCAGACACUGAGUGUGCGUGGAGAAAAUAUUGGCGAGGAUGUGUUCUCUGAGGCCCUGGGCAAGGCAGUGAGGCAAUGGCCAGGGGCCAAGCUAUUGGACCACGUCUGUGUGGAGAGCAGCAUUCUGGAUUCUGCAGAGGGCUCUGCACCCCACUAUGAGGUGUUUGUGGAGCUGAGAGGACUGAGGAACCUGUCAGAGGAAAAUCGAGACAAGCUUGACCACUGUCUUCAGGAAGCUUCUCCCUACUACAAGUCACUGCGGUUCCGGGGCAGCGUAGGUCCUGCCAGAGUCCACCUGGUAGGACAGGGGGGCUUCAGAGAACUCCGGGCAGCCCUUGCUGCCUCCCCCAGCUUCGCCUUCCCUCCUGAGAUGCCCCGGGUCCUUAGACACAGGCACCUGGCCGAGUUCCUGCAGAGGAGGGUGGUGUCCUGA